CCUUCCCUUCCUUCUUUCUCUAUCGAUACACAGUCAUUCCAACUGCAAGACAGUAACAGUCACUCUUUCCCUUUCGGAUCUCAUCUUGCCAAUUGCGAGCUGUGCUCUGCCAUCACACUCAUUACACAUAUACUUGUCUAUCAGACAACACUAGCCAACCUCGAAGGCCUAGCAUUCAUCACCAACAUUCAUUGAACAUAUCGCAACCAAUCACCGAUACACCACUAUCAAACAUCUCAGCCAGCCACAAUGCAGUUCACCAACUUCUUGCUUCCUCUUCUGUUCGCCAUCUCUGGCGUCAGUGCCCAGGACCCCGAUGUCACUUCCGUCAUGACUUACUACACCACCUUCACUGUUAGCCGUGUUGUCGAGACCACCACAUGCACCUCGACCACUACUCCUCCUGCCGCAUCCACCACUGAGGCUGUCUCUACCUCUGAGGCUCCUAUCAUCUCCACCUCUCAGGCUCCUGUCCCCACCAGCUCGCCUUCCACCUCUUUCACCACUGAGCUCCUCACUCAAACUGUUCAGAGAAUCGCUGCCAGCCCUGUCGUCUCCUCAUCCAUGGUCACCGUCUACCCUGUUGCCUCUGCCGCCAGCGCUUCAGCUGCUAUGCCUCACGCUUCUACCAACGGUACCACUGUCGCCAUCUCAUCUCCCACCAUCGCACCUUACACCGGUGCCGCUUCCGGCUUGACCAUCCAAUUCGGCGCCGCUGCUGUUAUUGCUGCCGUCGCUGGUGUUGCUCAGAUGCUGUAAACCAUCUCAUCAUCACCGCCUUUCAUCUUCGCUUCUCAAAGUACCGCCCUUUUUUUACCUUCUUGGAAAAUGCCCCGUCAUGUCUGGUUUUCGGCACUUGAUGCCAAACCACUUAUCUUAUACACCACCACCUUUUGUAUAAUGUUUUCUUCCACCUCUUUGAUAUAGAAGGGUGUGUUGAUGAUAUUCCCCUUUCCCUUCUUAUCCAUUCCUUUUGUCAGCCUCCACGGCUCUUUAUACACCAACCUUUUCUCUAUCACAACUUUUAUGAAGAACGACCAAAAAGCGAACAGAGACGGCGUUCGGAAAUCACUUCUUCCUUCUUCUAUUUUUAUGGCGGAUUUUCCAGAUAUACCCCUUGGGAGUUUUCGAUGUUUUCUUACUCUUCUACUUCUAUUCUUUAUUUAUAUU